GAAUAGCAGGGUUGGAAGGGACCUCAGGAGGUCACCUAGUCCCACCCCCUGCUCAAAGCAGGACCAACCCCAACUAAAUCAUCCAUGCCCUGGGUCCGCAUCACCUGUUUCUCCUCUGAGGGGAAAGUGACCUGCCGGGCUGCAAAACUGGCUACCGCCCAGCUAGAGGGCUAAGAGGCCAGCCUGGAGCCCCAGGCCGGCCCCACCUCCCGGGUCUUGGUAUAGAAGAGUCCCAAACCCAGCCAUGCAAUGUUCUCCCCGCAGGACCCCCAUGGCGACCGGAGAGGGAAACGCUGCAAGAAGGAGGAGACGUGCCGGCCAGGGGCUGGGGUGCCGGGGCACCCACGGGUGCCAGAGCAGGCAUUUGGGGUGAUCUCACACCUGACGUGAGAGUAGAGGUUGGGAACCCCCGGCACACAGCGAAGCGUGAGGAGACCGAGGGCAGGAUUCUGGCGCCAGGACAGAGACGCAACACCAGCAACUUCACGGGAUCCCCCAGCAGCCCCUCUGCUGCCAGGCCACCUCCCAUCCCCCAGGGCCGCGGCAUCAUGGCCCUGCCAGCUCCCCUGGCUAAUGCCUCGGCCACACCCAUCACGGCUGCCAGCCUCAGGGCCUCGGCCACCGCUACCCCUGCUACACCCUCCAUCACCUCUGCCAAAAUCAUGGCUACACCCACCACCACUGCUGUGACCGUGACACCCAUCCCCACCACUGCUGUAACCACAGUGGCACCCAUCACUGCCACAAGCACUACCGCUACCUCAAGUACAACCGCUGCUACCCUCAUCCUCACAACUACACCCAAUAUUAAACCUAUCACCACUUCAGCUACCCCCAAAACCACACCAGCAACAACACCUUAUGCUUCACCCCUUACUGACAUAAUCACCACCACCACAGCUACACCUAACACUACACUCUCCACCUCCACCACCACUACACCAACUACAACUACACCCACCACAGCUACAACUGAUCCUGUGCCCACCACCGCCAUCAUGGCUACCCCCACAACUACACCUAACACUUCACCCCUUUCUGACACUACCACCACUACAUCUAACACUACACUCUUCACCUCCUUCCCAACUACACCAACCACAGGUACACCUCACACUACAGCCACCACCAACACCUCAGCUAUCUCCACAACUACACUAACAACUGCACCUUACACUCCACCCCUUACUGACAUCACCACCACAAUUACACCAUUGACAACUAAACCCACCGUCUCCACAACUACACCUGACACUCCAUCCCUUACUGAUACCAUCACCACUACACCUAACAAUACACUCGCCACCAACACUACAACUACACCAUCGACAACUACACCUGACACUUCACCCCUUACUGAUACCAUCGCCACUACACCUAACACUACAUUCGCCACCAACACCACAACUACACCAUCGACAACUACACCUGCCACCUUCACAACUACACCUGACACUUCAUCCCUUACUGAUACCGUCGCCACUACACCUAACACUACAUUCGCCACCAACACCACAACUACACCAUCGACAACUACACCUGACACUUCACCCCUUACUGAUACCAUUGCCACUACACCUAACACUACAUUCGCCACCAACACCACAACUACACCAUCGACAACUACACCUGCCACCUUCACAACUACACCUGACACUUCAUCCCUUACUGAUACCGUCGCCACUACACCUAACACUACAUUCGCCACCAACACCACAACUACACCAUCGACAACUACACCUGACACUUCACCCCUUACUGAUACCAUCGCCACUACACCUAACACUACACUCGCCACCAACACCACAACUACACCAUCGACAACUACACCUGCCACCUUCACAACUACACCUGACACUUCAUCCCUUACUGAUACCGUCGCCACUACACCUAACACUACAUUCGCCACCAACACCACAACUACACCAUCGACAACUACACCUGCCACCUUCACAACUACACCUGACACUUCAUCCCUUACUGAUACCAUCGCCACUACACCUAACACUACACUCGCCACCAACACCACAACUACACCAUCGACAACUACACCUGACACCUCACCCCUUACUGAUACCAUCGCCACUACACCUAACACUACACUCGCCACCAACACCACAACUACACCAUCGACAACUACACCUGACACUUCACCCCUUACUGAUACCAUUGCCACUACACCUAACACUACAUUCGCCACCAACACCACAACUACACCAUCGACAACUACACCUGCCACCUUCACAACUACACCUGACACUUCAUCCCUUACUGAUACCAUCGCCACUACACCUAACACUACACUCGCCACCAACACCACAACUAUACCAUCGACAACUACACCUGACACUUCACCCCUUACUGAUACCAUCGCCACUACACCUAACACUACACUCGCCACCAACACCACAACUACACCAUCGACAACUACACCUGCCACCUUCACAACUACACCUGACACUUCACCCCUUACUGAUACCAUUGCCACUACACCUAACACUACACUCGCCACCAACACCACAACUACACCAUCGACAACUACACCUGACACUUCACCCCUUACUGAUACCAUUGCCACUACACCUAACACUACACUCGCCACCAACAUUACAACUACACCAUCGACAACUACACCUGCCACCUUCACAACUACACCUGACACUUCACCCCUUACUGAUACCAUCGCCACUACACCUAACACUACACUCGCCACCAACACUACAACUACAGCAUCGACAACUACACCUGCCACCUUCACAACUACACCUGACACUUCACCCCUUACUGAUACCAUCGCCACUACACCUAACACUACACUCGCCACCAACACCACAACUACACCAUCGACAACUACACCUGACACCUCACCCCUUACUGAUACCAUCGCCACUACACCUAACACUACACUCGCCACCAACACCACAACUACACCAUCGACAACUACACCUGACACUUCACCCCUUACUGAUACCAUCGCCACUACACCUAACACUACACUCGCCACCAACACCACAACUACACCAUCGACAACUACACCUGACACCUCACCCCUUACUGAUACCAUCGCCACUACACCUAACACUACACUCGCCACCAACACCACAACUACACCAUCGACAACUACACCUGACACCUCACCCCUUACUGAUACCAUCGCCACUACACCUAACACUACACUCGCCACCAACACCACAACUACACCAUCGACAACUACACCUGCCACCUUCACAACUACACCUGACACUUCAUCCCUUACUGAUACCGUCGCCACUACACCUAACACUACACUCGCCAUCAACACUACAACUACACCAUCGACAACUACACCUGCCACCUUCACAACUACACCUGACACUUCACCCCUUACUGAUACCAUCACCACUACACCUAACACUACACUCGCUACCAACAUCACUACCACACUCACCACCACCACAACUAUACCAAUGAUAACUACACCCACCACCUCCACAACUACACCUGACCCUUUGCCCCUUACUGAUACCACCCCCACUCCCACUAUGAGCACAAGCACUGUUGUGUCCUCACCCACCCUAUUCUGGAGCACCACGACAGCAGCGCCCUGCCAGAAUGGUGGCACACCAAAUGGCACCGAGUGCCUCUGUCCGGCUGGCUACUUUGGCCCGCGCUGUGAAUUACUGAACACCAAGUUGUGCCAGAACGGGGGGGUCUGGACGGGGGCAGAAUGCAAAUGCCCCCACUUCUUCCAUGGGCUGGAAUGCGAAUUCGCCGUGGGCACCAUCACACUCGAAGUCGAGGUGAACGUGACAAUGGACGUGAAGCUGCAGGUGACCAACCGCAAGUUCACCGCUGACCUGGCAAACACCUCCUCUCCGGCCUGGCGAGGGUUCAGCACCUUGUUCACACAGCAGAUCAGGCCGGUUUAUAGCCAGAUCCCGGGGUUUCAGGACCUGGAGAUCCUGGAGCUCACGCUGGGCAGUGUCGUGGUGGCCCAUAGGGUGGCCCUGGCCAUCCCCGUCACCACCCGGCUCAACGCCACGCUGGAGGACCUGCCCCGGCGGCUGGCGGAAGAGAUCAGGCUGGCAGCCCGCAACCAGGUCGUCUGCACCAGCAGCUCGCGCGCUCUGUGUUUCAAUCCUUCCUCCACCGAGGUGACCAGGCGGACGACAACAGAGUUCAAUGGUGCAGAAAUCUGCAGGCAGACACUGCCCCCCGGAUUCAGUGCCCACUUCUUCCCCCACCUGACGCCCAACGGCUUCACCUGCAGCUCCCUGUGCACCGUGGGGGUGCCGGGCGCCCUUGGCUGUAACGCAGGGCAGUGUCGGGUGACCCGUGCCGGUGCCCACUGCCGCUGCCCGGAAAGCGGCCAGUUCUGGUACCUGGGCGCGAGCUGCGAGGUGCGAAUCGACCGGGUCGGCGGCACCGUCAGCAUCGUCGCUGUCACAGCCUUUGUGCUGCUCAACGGCGCCCUCCUGCUGACCUACAGGUCAAAGGUCAGGGACGGCCUACACUGCCAGCGGGGGUGCUGAUCUCGCCUCCCUCCCGCCUGGCCCCCAGGGGCCAACGGGCCCAGCAGGGGGAGGGAAGCACUGUGCAGCCGACCGAUGCUGACUUGAACCCUGGGCCAGGCCACCCAGCACCGCGGGGGGGGACGGACGCACAUCGUAUUUGGGGUCUGUGCAGCACCUGGCGCGACAGAGGCCCCCUGCCGGUGCCACUAGGAUCUGCCGAGAGCCCCACCGCAGAUCGUGAGCGGGCAGGAAGCUGCAGCCCACGGUGCUGGGACGCCCACUGCCUGGGCCGACAGUAGGGACUUCUGGGGAGGGGGGUUUUGAUGGGUGCUCGACGCGUCUCAGCCGGACCCCGCACCCUGGGACUGUCACCCCCGGGAUGCCGACGGAGCAUAAACUUGGCCGUGCAGGGACCCCCCCCCGGCCCCAGAUCCCAUCUGACAGGCCCCGGUGCUUCGUGGGGGAGCAGACAGACCAGGGCGAUUCGCUGAGGGAUCCAGCCCUCACGGUCCUGCCCCAUCUCCGGGCUGGCGGAGGCUUCAGGGCACCCCGAGCCGGGGGCUGUGCCACCGACCCUGUCGGAGAAAAGCCAGGCGUGGCCGCGUCCAUCAAUAGGGGAGGAAGGGGUGACACCAGGGGACAGGCUCAGGUUAGCGACAGGAGCUGGGGAAGGUUUGGGGCUAACAGCGGGGCCUGGGGUGGGUUUGGGAUUAUGACAGGGGCUGGGGGUGGAUUGGGGUUAACAGCAGGAGCUAGAGGUAGGUUUGGGGCUAACGGUAGGGGGUGGGGGUAGGUUUGGGGUUAUGAGGGGAGCUGGGGUAGGUUUGAGGUCGAUGGAACAGGAGCAAGUUCAUGGGCAGGGCAGCCAGAGGCAUGAGGCGGGUGGAGGGAACGGGUGUUAAAUGGGGCAUUAGGACCUGCGGGGGGGCUCAUACGGGACCCCGAGGAAAAGGGGGCGGAGAGAACGGCAUGGUGAGCAGGCGGAUUGUGUCGGCAGAACCCUGCCUUUGGCCCCUCUGAAUCCUGCCUUUGUGACCCACUGGUCUGACCCCCACCUCCCUGGUAGUGCCCAGGGCCACAGACCUGGCCCCUAAAUCCUCCCCAGAGCCGAGCAGAUAGAAACACAGCCCAGAUGUGGCUGACGGAGGGGGGCCAUCCCGGUCGCUGAGAGAUGUCUCAUUGCCGGGCUUACGCUGUCUGUGCCGGACGCCAGCGCCCGUGAUUAAAUAUUGGCUCCCCCACCAUGGCGAUAUUCGCCCCGGCCUCACGUCGCCCCUGCACUGGCUCUGGGUUAAGCUCCGGGAGGCUCCCCUGCUCUCCGGCCAGGUUUCAAAUCCUUCUCGUGGCUCUUCUUCAAGCCGGAUCCGCACGCCAAGCCGCCGAGCGCGCUGCCCAUGGGCCAGGCCGGCUGCGCUCAACUCCCCACCAGGAGCAGGUGGGCGGGACCCCGGAGGUCCUGCCCCGAGGGUUUGGAGGUCGCAGGGGACAGAAGAGCGGGACCCCUUGAGGGUCACAGCACAGACCCGGUGGGUCCACAGCGCUGCCACGAGAGACGGAUGUCACUGCGCACCUUGGUGUGCAAACAUGCCCAUUCUGCGCUGGAGACACGUGCAACGUGGCACGACAGUGUCCCAGAGAGAAACCCCCUCCCUAAGCCCUGCGCGCACGGAGGGACACAGAGAAACCAUGGUGCAGGCCCCACCCCUGUGGCACUAACACACGCGGCCCUGAGGAGCCACCCACCUACCCCCAAGCACAGAGCUGGGGAGUCUGGCUUACACGGCAACCCAGUGAGAACGUGAAGACACACACCCGCACCCAGAGACCUUGCUCGGACGCACGCACAGAGCUGCACGGACGCAGGCCAACGUCUGCACACACACACACGCUGAUAGUAACUGUGACGAAGUGGGACCGUUCUUAAUGGCGGGGCUGGAGAAUUUCAGUUUGAAGCUGGCUGGGGAAAUGGAGGGGGGCCCAGAUGGGGCGCUGGCCUCCCUGCCCCCCAAAAUGGACCCAGCU